GUCAUCGUUGUGAAGAUAAGCCCUGCCUGCAACUGCAUAUGCAUUGUGCAUAAACCUUAGCUUAGCAAUCAAUGGCGAAAAUGGCGAAGCUCAUACAACAACCAAUAAUACCAUCAUCUUCUUCCACUAACGACUUCCUCUUUCUCUCCACUCCUUUCAACAAUACUCGUUUAUGUACCCGAUUGGGCUUUCAACGCCGCUCUUUCAAAUGCUCUGUCGAGUACAAUAACAAUAACAACAACUACUACUUCAACCAAGCGGCUGCAGCGGCGGCGUUCCCUCGACCUCCGGAGAUUCAGUGGAAGAAGGAGCUGUGCAAUACGGUGCAGCUGAUAGGCAUCGUUGGUGUUCCUGUUGAAAUCAAGCACUUGCCCUCUGGCAAGGUCGUCGCUUGGACCCGCCUCGCCGUCAAGAAGUCUUCCACUGAUACUUCAUGGAUCAAUCUGACAUUUUGGGAUGAACUAGCAAAUAUUGCUUCUCAACAUGUCGAAAAAGGGCAACAGAUAUAUGUCUCCGGACGUUUGAUUUCAGAUACAGUUGAAAGCGAUGAUGGUAAACAGCAGACAUACUACAAGGUUGUUGUUCAGCAACUGAAUUUUGUUGAAAAGAAUUUCUCAUCGGGUUCUGACUCCACAACAAUACCAGGUAGAAAGUUUGGAAAUGCUAAUGCAAACAGUGACGAAACAGUAGAGCAAUUAUGGCAAGCCUACUUUGCUAAUCCAGUGGAAUGGUGGGAUAAUAGGAGAAAUAAGAGGAACCCCAAAUAUCCAGACUUUAAACACAAAGACACUGGAGAAGCCUUGUGGAUAGAAGGGAGGUCGAACCCGCCAUGGGUGAAGAGCCAGCUUGCCAUUCUAGAUUCAAGAAUGGGGUCUUUUAAUGACCAGGAUAGCAGCAGAAUGGACUCAAACUUAGUGGUUGGAGAAAACUUCUCUCUUUUCUAAUUGCUCCUUAAUUUAUGGUAUUACUAUUAUCAGCUAUUAUAUUAUAUUCUAAUCGACAUUUUGUUGUAUAGGAAUUAUAUCUGAGUGAGUGAGUUGUAAUUUGUUCUUGUUACGUAUUGCAAAAUUCACUAACUAGACUUUUCCAUCAGCCAGUAUAAUACAAAGAUUUGUGUUUGUUGUCUUUUAA